CCGGCUCAAGUGUCCCCGACAUCGAGAGCCACCUCCCCGUCGAUCGCGCCGGCAAAUACAUGCAAGUCGGCAAAGAGAAUUAGAUCUUCUUGCUGUCGGUUACUGGCCUAGACCACCGCUUGAUCACGCGAACUCCUCACGACACAGCAUUGAAGCGACCCGCGCACUGCCGCGACCCAAACUGCCAUCACCAUAGCCAUGGCGUCCACUUCCGAUGCGCCGCUCGCGUUCUUGCGCAAAAACCCCGUGUUUUCCGGUCUCUCAGAUGUUUAUAACGCCUUUCAAGAAAAGAGGGAAAAGUUGGGAUUGCCGAAUCCCGGGUUAGUAGAAAACGUCGCCAAGGAGGUCCAGCGCGAUGUUCUCACCACGAACCUGAUGUUCUCCGGUCUCCGGGCCGACCUCACAAAGGCCUUCAGCUUCAACCCCUUAUUCCAAGUAUCUCACCAGUUCGCUAUGGGCGAGCGGUUGAGUCCCUACACAUUCGCCGCUCUCUACGGUACUAGCAAGGUGUUUGCGCAAGGCAACAUUGAUGACCAGGGCUCGCUUUCGGCCACGUUCAACUGGAGAUGGAACAAUUCCUUCGUCACGAAGUCGCGCUUCCAGAUCGCACCUGGCGCCACUGGCCAAGACAUGGCCCAGUUCGAGAACGAGUACCUCGGCAGGGAUUUCACCGCUACGCUGAAGGCACUCAACCCCUCCUUUCUUGAGGGUGGUUUGACCGGCAUCUUCAUUGGCCAAUACCUCCAGUCCGUUACACCUAAGCUCGCGCUCGGUUUGGAGGCCGUCUGGCAGCGCGCCGGCCUUACCCAGGGCCCGGACACCGCUGUUUCUUACGUUGCACGGUACAAGGCGGAGAAUUUUAUUGCCAGUGCCCAGUUGCAGGCACAGGGUGCCCUCAACGCUUCCUACUGGCAGCGUUUGUCGGACAAGGUCCAGGCUGGUGUUGACAUGACCCUUUCUGUCGCCCCCAGUGGCGCCAUGAUGGGCGGCCUUACCAAGGAGGGCAUCACCACGUUUGGUGCCAAGUACGACUUCAGAAUGUCGACUUUCCGUGCCCAGAUUGAUUCCAAGGGCAAGCUGAGCUGCCUGCUCGAGAAGCGGGUGGCUGCCCCCGUCAUGAUGACCUUCGCCGCCGAUGUGGAUCACUUCACUCAACAAGCAAAGAUUGGCGUUGGUAUUUCCAUUGAGGCCGGUGGCGAGGAGCUUCAAGAGCACCAGGACGCUACGGGCGCUCAGCCUCCUCCCAACAUCCCCUUCUAAAUGACCACGCCAUUGUAACCGGCAGGACGACAAGACUCCAAGCUGUUCCGCACUCAGCCUCCCAUCUUGUUCCGCUCCGCCUAGCCACGUUCCUAUCGAUCGCCUAAUAUUUGCCGAAUCGGCCCUCUGGCUACCAACAGGGAUACGUCGCCCUGCCCGCCGUCUCUCGCUCUCUCUCUCUCUGUCCUUCUUCUCAUCGCCGCGUUCUGGCUGCCUUGGCAGGCGGUAGCAAACAGCACAUGGUUCCUCGAAAACGGGUCGGCCCUACGUCUUGCAUAUCUGGCUUGUCACGAACGAUAGAUCUUCUCCCAUUCUUCAGAUUAGUCCCACAACGGAUGCCUGUCUGGGGAACAGGUCACCGGCCAAGGGGCAAAUCAAACCUGUAUUAUAGAGUUGUGUGUUUGGGAAGGGGAAAGAGGAAGGUUCUCUCGCGGUUCCGGACGCGGUAGUGGGCAGAAAGAGCUGAGACGUUUGUCAGAAGGGGACCGGGAGUCCGGAGAAUGUCCGGCGGACUGACUUGCGUUCCACCCUUGGCCGCCUCCUUUCUCGAACCUAGCACUGGUGGCCCACGCUGUAGAUAUUACUGGCAUGAACGAGAUGUAAAAAUAGCACAUGCACACUAGUUAAACGCAGACUGCGAAACUCG